GUACAAGUGGCUGUCGUUUAGGGCAGACAAAGGCUAUAGAUAAAAAUUAAGAUGCUGUGCUAGUUUCAUUGCCUUAAAACGGAGCGCAUGCAGUUUACACCAUUGUCCUUUUGUCAGUCGCCAAAAGGCUCUUUUGUUAUCGCCAUUAUUUAUCUGGUACACAGUGCGCUUUGUCUUUGCAAAUGUUGCUCAAUCAGACCGUCAGUUUAAGUGACCAUUAGCUGGUUGCAAACCCAUUCCAGACGGAAAAUCCUUGUUUUUUUAGAAGUAGCCUUUCAACGUCAGUAUUUUGUUGGGCAAUAGAAAAGCUUAUUGCAACUAUGUAUAUGUAUAUGUAUAUAAAUAAAUAUUUUAAGGAAAGGCAGAAGUGUGUGUGUGUGUGUGUGUGUGCUGUGGGGGAGGGGGGAGGAGGGGGGCUAUUCCCCUGUCUGCGAGGACAGCUGGGGGUCUCGAGGACGCUUUAAGAGCGAGGCGCAUGCGGGACAGCGCGCAUUGAAAGACCUCUUCGCUACAGCGCGAGUCCCGCCUCACAGCAAAAACACCCUCAGUCUUUUCCGAGGCACUCGAGUCUGUUCUCUCUGUGCGGUUUUUCGGUGGAUGUGUUUAAUAACCGAAGAAAGGAGCCAGGAACAAGCUGCAAACACUGAAAGGCAUUUUGAACCGUUUGCUUUGCCAUCAACGACAUCCUUUCGUCGAACGUUCCCCGUCAGCCCAACGUUAGCAUGAUGUCUUAUCUGAAGCAGCCGCCGUACUCCGUCAACGGCCUGAGUUUAUCUACCUCCGGGAUGGACCUGCUGCACCCUUCCGUGGGCUACCCAGCGACUCCAAGGAAGCAGAGGCGGGAGAGGACUACUUUCACCCGCGCCCAACUGGAUAUUUUGGAGAACCUUUUCGGCAAGACUCGCUACCCAGACAUCUUUAUGCGAGAAGAGGUAGCGCUGAAGAUAAACUUACCCGAGUCUCGUGUACAGGUAUGGUUUAAAAACCGAAGAGCCAAGUGUCGCCAACAACAGCAACAAACUCAAAGCGGUGCACAGAGCAAAGUUCGGCCCGUGAAGAAGAAGAGUUCUCCGGUUAGGGAGGCGAGCUCCGAGAGCGGAGCCAGUGGCCAGUUCACGCCGCCUUCAAGCACCUCUGUGCCGGCCAUCUCUAGCAGCACAGCCCCGGCCUCCAUAUGGAGCCCGGCGUCCAUCUCGCCGCUCUCUGAUCCUCUCUCUACCUCCUCGUCUGCCUCCUGCAUGCAGCGAUCUUACCCCAUAACCUACACGCAGGCGUCCGGCUACAGCCAGAGCUACACCGGUUCCACGUCUUACUUCGGAGGGAUGGACUGUGGUUCUUACUUGUCGCCUAUGCACCACCAGUUAACCGGUCCGAGCACAGGCCUGAGUCCCAUGGGCACGAAUGCAGUCGCCAACCACCUGAGCCCGCCCGCCUCCCUCUCUGCCCAGAGCUACGGAACCACGGGACUGGGCUUCACAGCUCCGACAGACUGCCUGGAUUACAAAGACCAAAGCGCGUCAUGGAAGCUCAACUUCAAUGCAGACUGUUUGGAUUACAAAGAUCAAACAUCUUCGUGGAAAUUCCAGGUGUUGUGAGCGGCGCCGUGGAUCGCAGCCUGUUGUCAUCUAGCACGGGAAUUACAUGCCACAGUCAUUUUAGAGUCACGCGAGGCCGUUAGUGAGGCCGGGAACGGUUUGGCCACGGGACUGCUGGCUUGUUCCUACGAUAAAUGUUGUGCCUGCAUUUGCAAUUAAGAGAGAACUGUUCCCGAUGCAGAGGUCAUAACAUCACCUUGGUGGACUUUGGAAGUAGCUGUCUUUGCGCAAGUGUCUAAGGGUUUGUUGCACCUGUUUGGUUAACUUCUGGCAAACUUGGUGUGAACUCUCUUUAACUUUGAUCAAAGACACGGAACAAAAUUGUUCUCCAAGAAGAAAAUGAUCAAGAACAGCCGAACCUUGGUGUAGCGCGCUGAAUGGAACAGCUUUCCUUAAGCCUCUUACGACUCGUCGACCUUCCACUGGGUUGGCAAGCUGAAGGACCCCUUUGAUCAGGCCGAGUGUGUGUAUAUGUGUGUGGCUGUGUGAGUAUGUGCGUGUGUGUGUGUGUGUGAAAGAAGGAGAGUAUGUGAUGUCCCGUCAACAAGGCGAGUCGUUUGAAAAAAUGCACUAAUCUAUUUAAGACAAAAUGCUUAUAAGGAGUUUUAAAGAGACAAUCAGUGAGUAUGCGAAGAUACACUGAUUCACGUUAAGUAUGUGUUUUUUUUAUCUGUAGUAGCUUUUCAGACUGUGAUGCGUUGUAGGCACCCUUGCAAUUACACCAGUUUCGCGUCUGCGACGACUUUACUGUGACUUUGAUAGUUUUUUUUAUGUUCAAGUAUUAAUGAUGAUAAAUUAUUAUUACAUUUGUAAAAAACAGAUAAUACUUUUUUAAAUGUAUCAUGAUGGUGGCCAAACUAUGAAACUCCCUCGUGCAGUCCCUGCAUCCCCUUGUUAAACAUGUGUAUUAUAAUGGCAUACAGAUCAAAGUCUUUUUCAAGGUCACUCGAAUAAACAGAGACACUCCGUGAGGAGGUGUUGGGUAUUGAAUUGAA